GCAUGUUGGUGGGACUAUUUCUUAAUAGUAAUUAUAACGAAGCUCAAGUAGACACGACGUGAUGUUGAAGCUCUUGUUUGAGACGUUUGCAGUCUGCAUAGCUGCCGGCGGAACAAUAUGCUUCUGUCGGUAUGCAACAAUAUACACUUAGUCUUUUUGUCUCUUUCUGUUGAUAUAUUCUCCCUGACACAUGGGGAGUACCCCCGGUCUUACUUCCUUUUGCUCCCACCACUAUCCACCAUGUUUCACCCUCUCAGUCUUUUCUGCCUUGCCCUUUUUUUCUUUCUACCCAACCUUCAUCUUGCAGGGUGGUCAUUUCACCUUUUGUCAGCUGAUGUCCCCUGUUCAUCUUCGGAAGUGCUACGUAAACUCGAGCAAGAUCCGGCUGGUCCGGCAUCGUACGCUUGUGUUCGAGCUUUUUACCCGUCUAGAUCCAGAACCUGUUCUGCUAUGCUGAUAUCAAUGAACAUUCAUGUCGUAUAUGAGCUUCUAGACACUACUGCAGACUGUCAUAGACCAUGGCUAGUAGGUAACUUAAACUUAACCCUCCCAGAGAGAAAGUAGAUGGAGAGCAGUCGUCUCGCCUCGCAAAAUUCUCACACAUAGGGUGGACUACGCCACGCGGUCACAAUUCUUCG